CAACUUGCUGCAGCAUGUCGGAUGGAUCACUACAAUGUAACCUACAGCCCAGAACCAUGUACAGCUCCCGCCAAGUAUAAAUCUGAUGGCUUCUCUGCCUCUACUUGUCCUCUUCAGCGUUCCAGUGGCCGUGAGACAACUAGGCGAACAAUUGAACCUUGAGAUUUCUUGCGAAAAUGUGGUCCCCUCUACUCUGGGUUCUGGCGUCGUCAAUUGCUGUGCCUGUUCUGGCUCAGAAUAGUUCCAACUCUUCUGUACCAACAGGAGCCUAUCCUUUCUCCGUGUAUACUCUGACCGCCGAGAAUAUCACCGCGAAGUUCAUCCCGUAUGGAGCUCGCCUAACCUCGCUCCUGGUUCAGGACCGCAACGGUGACUAUCAGGACAUUGUGGCUGGAUAUGACAAUGCUACCCAAUACUUGACCGACACAGAGACCAAUCAUACCUACUUUGGCCCUGUUGUAGGCCGAUACGCAAACCGAAUCAAGAAUAGCACCUUCACACUGAACGGGCAGACUUAUCACAUCCCUGCAAAUGAGAAUGCCGGCGCCGACACCCUCCAUGGGGGUACAGUUGGAUACGAUCAACGGAACUGGACUGUUGUUGCCUCGUCGAGCUCGAGCAUUACCUUCUCUCUGCUUGAUACUGGCUUCCAGGGCUUUCCAGGCACAGUCUUGACCACGGCUACUUUCACCCUGGGCACCUUCCCAAGUGGGCCGCAGGGUGAAGUCAGGCCGCGAUUGACGAGCAGCAUGGUUUCGUCGGCCUUGGAUCAGGAGACGCCCAUCAUGCUGGCGAAUCAUAUCUACUGGAAUCUCAAUGCAUUCAAACAGGCAACGAUCUUGAAUGAUACGACCCUGUGGAUGCCAUAUUCCGACCGAUACAUCGUCGUGGACCCCAUCUUGAUUCCUACCGGCGCUCUGGGCUCUGUCUCGAAUGUGUCGGCCCUCGAUUUCCUUUCCCCUAAGCUGUUGGGGGAUGCCGUAGAUAACGCCACUGGAGUCUGCGGUGAAGGCUGCACCGGAAUUGACAACGCUUUCAUCUUGGACAGACCAGCUAAUGCUGGUCCGACAUCGUCAAAUUACCCUGUGCUUUCAUUAUGGUCGGAGACUACCGGCAUUCAACUGGAUGUGUCGACGAACCAGCAAGGCCUUCAGAUAUACACGUGCAACGGCCAAAAUGGCACAAUUCCGGUCAAGCAAAGCCAACAGCAAAGGAACAAUGGCACGCAGGGCGCGGCGAAGUUUGUGAAUCAGCACGGGUGCGUGGUCAUCGAGACACAGGCCUGGAUUGACGGGGUCAACCAUCCUGAAUGGGGAGUCAGCAGCUACGAGAUCUUUUCUCCCACGACUGGACCGGCACUUAAUUAUGCAACAUAUGAUUUCUCGACCUUCUGAGUGUCGAACACCACGUGUACAUAGGACGGGGGGGUACAUGGAAAGGCGGGCAUUGGGGACAAGGCUGAGGCGCCUCUGUAGCCAAUCAAAAGAUGCAGAACCAACGUCAUUGUUUACUUUGCAGCCAUAGUAAACAAUCCAUUGCGAC